CAUCACUUGCGGUUCCAAAACCGUGACUGGCUAAAUGAUAUUGAAGUGAUACGUCAAAGUGUACGCCCUACCCAACUGUUACAAUUAAUAAAAUAUUAACUUAGUAUAACUGUGUUGUUAGCAAGCUAUUAGAUUGUGAUCAUUUAUUUCGAAUGAUGGACAAACUGAGACGUGCGCUUAGCGGGAACGAUGGUGAGGAUGAAGAAAGAGGCUUCGUGGCACAGGUGGUUGAAUCAUCUUCUUUGGGAUGGGGAACGCGGGUUAAAGGAUUCGUUGCUUGCUUCGUAAUCGGCAUAAUCCUCUCUGUGAUUGGUUCUAUCUGCCUAUUUUUUGGUAGCAGAGGACUUGUUGCAUUUUCAGUAUUUUACACUACAGGAAAUAUCAUCGCACUUGUCAGUACUUGUUUCUUGAUGGGACCUUUAAACCAGUGCAAAAAAAUGUUUUCACCCACCCGAGUAGUGGCGACAGUGUUGGUAUUUGUUUGCCUCAUUCUUACUCUUCUAUCAGCAUUCCUAUGGAAAAAGAGUGGGCUUGCUCUGUUGUUCUGCAUUAUUCAAUUUCUGGCCAUGACAUGGUAUUCACUAUCGUAUAUUCCAUACGCCCGAGAUGUAGUGAAGAAAACUGUUUCUGCCUGUAUGGGAUAAAAGCCACCAAGCGAAAGGAAAAUUGUACCCUCUUCAUAUCCUACGUCCAUUUACUACACAAAUAUUUUUACCACCUGAAUCCAAUGUGUAUAACAACUGCGACCCAAUCAUUUGUGUCUUCAUGUUUAAGUGUGCCUUUCUAUCACAUUAUCCUUCAAACUUUUUGGAUGACCAAUUUACAGGACUUGCAUCCACCUCUUUCUCAAAAUGUUCAAAUAAACUGUGCAUAUUAUUGUU